AAGGCAGACAGGCGGGGGCUUUCAAUCACAAAUCAGAACAGAGAAAGUGACAUGUUGGUCCUUGUAUGCUGCUGAUCAAUGCCUCACAAACUCACCCUCAGUGCAGUGAAUGGCUAGGAGAAUUAAUCUUGAUGCUGUACAUUCCUAGCCUUCAGAAUGCCACGGAAACGCUCUUUAACCAAGACAAACACUGACUGCAAAGUACUGAAAACUUCCCAGACCAUAGAGGAUGAGAUACGAAGUCCUUAUUUUGUCCACACUGAGGGGGGGAAUGAGGCAAGGAGCACACAGGGAGAGGAAGGCAAAGCUACAUUAUGUUUGGCUAAGGAAUCACCAUCUGUUCUUCCUGGGCCUCUAGUCUCACUGCCCAUCCCAGCACAGCCUCAGGGACCUGGACAGAGGAUCACGGAGGGAUUCUAUGACCAAGAGUGUGUUGCAUUGGCCAAAGCUCUCCUUGGGAAGGUGGUGGUGCGAGUGGUGGAUGGAAGGCGGGUGUCGGCAAGAGUCGUGGAGACAGAGAGCUACCUGGGCGGGCCAGACCAGGCCUCACACAGCUGCGGGGGAAAGCGAACUCCGAGGAAUGAACCCAUGUACAUGAAACCUGGGACAGCCUAUGUGUAUAGCAUCUAUGGCAUGUACCACUGCUUCAAUGUGUCCAGCAGAGGUGAUGGUGCGUGUGUGUUGGUGAGGGCUGCUGAGCCACUAGAGGGCCUGGAGAUGAUGGUGCAGGGGAGGGGCGCUCGGAGAGGAGCCACCGCACCUCCACUCAAGCCCCACCAACUGUGUAAUGGCCCCUCUAAGUUAUGCCAGGCCCUUGCACUCACCAAAGAAUCAGCGAAUAAGCUAGAUUUGGCGGAGUCGGAUGUGUUCUGGAUGGAGGAGGAGGAAGAGAAGGAGCAAGAGGAUGGCAUAAGAGGAGCAGGAGUGGGUGAGGGCCAAGUGGUGGUCAGUGCAAGGAUUGGCAUUGACUCCUAUGGGGCAGAAUGGGCCAAGAAGCCUCUCAGGUUUUAUAUUUUGGGUAACAAGUGUGUGAGUGUGAGGGACAAACAGGCAGAGAAGGACAUGAUAGGGUAGGUGUCUGUGUGUGUGUAUUUUAGUGUGUGUGAAAAUAAGUGGGUAGAAAAGUGAUUUACCAAGAUUAAUAGCAGCUUGUGAGUGUGAGGGACCAGCAGGCAGAGGCAUAUGAUAGUGUGAGUGUCUGUCAGUGUGUGUGUUAAACUGUCUGCAAGAAAGUAAAUGAGCAAAAAAAGUUAUAUACCAAGGUUAACAACAGUAAAUGAAGGCUACAACAGAUUAUACACUAUAGAUAAUUACCCCAGAUGAGUGAAAGUAAAUGUACAGAAGAGUUAUUUACCAAGAUGAACAAACAAAGAAAGGCUAGGACAGAUUGCCUGCUACAGAUGACUACCUCAGAAGAACAUUUCAGCAUCAACACUGAAUAUCACAACCACCAUCACCUGACAGGCUGAGCAUCACACUACCCAUGUCAAUAAAGAUGUGAGUAGUGUUCUGGUUCUCUGUGAGCAGGAGGCUGGGUUGAGUGUGAGAGGCUCUAGCUUGACCCACAGAUCUGACUACGGGAGCUAAGAUACAAGAGGAUGAAGGUGGCCAGGAGUCAGUAACCUGUAUUCUGAAACACUUCUGCAUCACACCACUACAUUCAAAAGUCUGUAGUUGAAAAGACAGGUUUCUAAGGGUGUCUUUAUGGUUCUAGUUACAGAUUCACAAGUUUUAUGCAUCAUCAAGAGGAGGAACACUCUUGAGAGCCCGGCUAAUCAUCUCCAUGGCUUUUGAAAAUGUAGUUGUGGUGAGAGAAUAGUGUUGCAGAAUAUUGGCCAGUGUGCGAUUCUCAAAACUGUGGAUGAAUGACAUUAUGCACUCCUGUAAUAUAAAGAAUCUGUAAAUGUAUGUAUUAUUUAUAAUUGAUUUCUUAUCAGUCUGAUUAAAUGAUAAAGAUUUUUUA